AUGAAGACCACCUUUUUUCAUAAAAUUAAAAGAUUCUUUAGAGGUUCUCCAACUGAAUGGAAAAAUCUACCAAAAAGAGUAAUACGUCCAGGAUUGGCUGAUCAACUUAUGCCAAAUAAUAGAGUAAUCACUAGCAAAUAUACUAUUUUCACUUUCCUUCCUCUAAACUUGGUGGAAUAAUUUAGCAAGAUGGCUAAUAUUUAUUUCUUGAUCGUUGGAAUAUUAUAGAUGAUUCCUGCAAUUACAGUGUCUGAUGGGUUACCGACUGAAUAUACUCCCCUAGUGGUCAUAGUAAUAGCAACAGCAAUCAAAGAUCUUUUGGAAGAUUUACAAAGACACAAGGCGGACAGAAAGGAAAACAAUACAAUAAUAUCUGGCAAAAAAAGCUAAGAUAUAAGAGUUGGAGAGUUUAUCAGGAUUAAUCCUAAUGAGUAGAUCCCAGCAGAUAUUUUAUUAUUGAAUUAAGAAUGUUUUGUUGAAACCUCCUAAUUGGAUGGGGAAACAACUCUUAAACCUAAGUAGCCAAUAACUGAGAAUAUUGAAUAUAUUGAAGCAGCAGGGCCAAACCCAUAUUUAUAUUAGUUUAGUGGUUCCAUAAAUGGGUAGAAGCCAUUAAACGAACACAAUCUAUUACUUAGGGGUUCUUGUUUAAAGAGUCUAGAUCCAAUUGAUGGGAUUGUAAUCUACACUGGGCAUCAGACAAAGAUUCUGCUGAAUUCACACAACCCAAGAGGUAAGUCAACAAAGAUGUAAUAGGUUAUGAAUAGAUUGAUUUUAUACUUAUUUAUAGGCUAAUGGCUGUUGUGCAUUUUCUGUGCUUCUUAUUUUACAGUAGCUCUGAGCAUCAAGAAACAAGAUUUAGAUUAUCUUUAUUUAAAUCAACCUGAAGUUACUUCUUUACUUUACUUUAGUAGUUUUUUCUAGAGUGUUGGAAAUUGGUUUUUGCUUUUUGUAAACUUUGUUCCAAUAAGUUUGAUGUUGACUUUGGAGAUGAUCAGAUUGUUUUAGGCAUAUUUUAUAAUAAAAGAUCCAGAGAUGGGUCCAAAUACAAAGGUUUAAUCUUCCAAUUUAAAUGAUGAUCUCGGACAAAUCAAUCAUAUUUUCUCUGAUAAAACUGGUACUUUAACAGCCAAUUAGAUGACCUUAAGAUAAUAUAUAUUUAAAAACUAAAAUAUUGAUUUGCAAAGAGAGGAUCCUCAAUUAAUUUUUAAUGAGGAGAACAUUAUUUAUUUACUUCAAUUCAUACUUUGUAAUGAUAUCAAAGUAAAAAAUGGGAAUGUACUAUCCUCAUCAAGUGAUGAAAUGGCUUUAAUCAACUAUUUCUUAAAUCAAGGACUCUAAAUAUCAGAAGACGGUAAAAAUUACCUCAUCAAUAUAUAAAAUAAAGUGUAUUAUAGAAUUGAAAAGGUCUAUCUAAUACCUUUUAGUAGCGAUAGAAAGCGAAUGUCAAUCGUGUUAAGAUUUUAAGAAAAACUCUACAUAUUUUGCAAAGGAGCAGACAGUAUUAUCUUGUAAAGAAUAAAAUCAACUGCAAAUCAUUAAGAUACUAUCGUCUCUUUUAGUUAAGCCUAUGCUAAUCAGGGUUUGAGAGUGCUGUUAUUCUCUUUCAAAGAAUUAGAAGAAUAGGAAUUUGCUGAAUGGCUAGAGAUAUACGAAAAAUCUUUAAUAUAAUAGGAUGAACGGAUGCUGGAAUAGUUGCAAAAUCAACUUGAAACCAAUCUUGUUCUUUCAGGGGCAAGUGGUGUUGAGGACAUUCUAAGUGAGCAUGUUUAAGAGACUAUAAUCGAACUCUAAUAUGCUAAUAUCUAAAUAUGGAUGAUUACUGGAGACUCUUUUGCUACAGCUAAGGGAGUAGCCAAGAAAAUUGGAUUGAUGAAUUCAAGAUCGAAAUCUAUAUUAGUUGAACAUUAAACAAUUAGUUAAAUUGAGAGUUUAGUAUUAGAGUCAGAGAAAAAUGUUUGCAAUUAAUAUGAAAUUAGUUUAGUGAUUUUGGGUAAAAUCCUAAUCGAUUAUUCGAUGGAAGAUAAGUUUAGAUUAAUAAAGUUAGCAAAGGAAUGUUAAUGCGUAAUUUUUAGUCGUGUCUCCCCUAAAUAGAAGAGAGAAGUAGUAGAAUUAUUUUAAAAAUGUUUUCCAAAACUUUGCACAUUAGCAAUAGGAGAUGGUGCCAAUGAUGUUAACAUGAUAACUGAAGCGAAUGUGGGAAUAGGAGUUUGUGGUGUUGAAGGGUUAUAGGCUGCAAGAGCAUCAGAUUAUGCGAUUCCUCUAUUUAAAUGUUUAUAAUAGUUGCUUCUAUUUCAUGGUAGAGAAUGUUAUAGAAGAAAUACUUAAGUUGUGACCUACAACUUUUACAAAAAUGUAUUGUACUUGAUACCCUAAUUUUGGUUUGGCUUAUAUAGUCAAUUCUCAGCAUAAUCGAUCUAUGAUUUUUAUGUGUUUCAAUGCUACAAUUUCAUGUUUACCUCAUUGCCUAUUAUCGUCUAUGGAGUAUUCGAUAUUAAAUUCAAUGACACUAUGCCUAAUAAGUAUUAAUUUGGACAACAAGGGGGGUAUUUGAAUUUUAAAGUGUUCAUCCUAUCGUUAUUAGAAGGAGUCUAUCAAAGUUUGAUAGUCUUCUUCUUUUGUUUCUAUUUCUUAAACACAUCAUCUUCGAAUGGAUUCGAAUAUGGAUUGUUGGUUCAAGGAUAAAUAAUAUUUUUCAUUUGCAUUUUUGUGGCCAAUACCAAAAUUCUACUUCUUUCACAUUAAAUUCAAGUUUUGUAGAUUGUCAUACAAACACUGUCAUAUGUAUCAUAUAUAUGUACGAUUUUGAUAUUCAAUAAUGUGGUCGAAUAUCAACUCUAUGGAGUGCUUUAAGUGAUUUUAACAUAAGGAAUCACUUAUAUAAUAGUUCCACUUGUUUCCUACUUGGCCAUUAGUGUUAUAAUAUAUCAAAAGAAAUACUAGUUAUUUAAGACCUUACAAAAAGUCUAGGUGUCAUAAUCAACAGCAAUAAAUGCCUCGUUGAUAACUUUAUGA